UGAAGCUGUUUGUGUGCAGUGUCUGCCUGAACCGGAUUUCUAGCCCGAAAAUAUUAACUCAUUUAGAGGGAAACAAUUCUUCAACAUGAUCGGACAGAAAUCUAUUAUAUCUUACUUCAGCACGCCAGUGAAGAAAAGGAGUUUGUCUGAAGUUACAAAGGAGGAACUCAAGGAUAAAGAAGCUAUUAAUGAAGAGGAUGGCAAGUGGACGCCCGUGAAGAAGCUGAAGGUUGGGUCGGAGGAGGAGGAAGAGCUGAAGGAAUCGCCCAAGCCCAGGUCGCCGCUUAGUCCCCAGCAACUCUCCCGCAUCGAGAGGAAUAAGCAGGCGGCUUUGCAGAGACUUGCGGCCCGGAAUGCGCCUCCGGGCCUCGGGGAAAACUGGAAGAAGGAGCUGAUGACCGAGUUCAGCAAGCCCUAUUUCAUCAGGCUGAUGGGAUUUGUAGCCGCAGAGAGGAAGCGUUACACCAUUUAUCCACCAGCUCACGAGGUCUUCGCGUGGUCGGAGAUGUGCGAUGUCAGUGAUGUGAAAGUGGUGAUCCUCGGCCAGGACCCAUACCAUGGACCAAACCAGGCUCACGGGCUGUGUUUCAGUGUCAAGCGCCCUGUGCCUCCACCUCCCAGUCUGGAAAACAUGUACAAGGAGCUGGAAUCUGACAUUGAAGGUUUUAAGCACCCAGCACAUGGUGAUCUGAGCAGCUGGGCCAAGCAAGGUGUGCUACUGCUGAAUGCCGUCCUCACCGUCAGAGCACAUCAGGCCAACUCGCACAAAGACAAGGGCUGGGAAGAGUUCACAGAUGCUGUGGUGUCCUAUCUCAAUAACAACCGAGAGGGCUUGGUGUUCAUGCUGUGGGGAGCGUAUGCACAACGGAAGGGCGGUGUUAUCGACAGGAAACGUCAUCACGUCCUGCAGACUGUUCACCCGUCUCCACUCUCCGCGCACAGAGGCUUCUUUGGUUGCAAGCAUUUCUCCAGAACCAACGAGUUGUUGAAGAAAGCAGGGAAGACUCCCAUCGAUUGGAGUUUGCAGUGAGUCCAGCCUCUGGGAAGAGCUGAUGGGUUCACGCUGGGAUACAAUGGCACUGAGCAGAAUCUGAAGAGUAACUGUUGCCAGGACUUGCCCAAAACAUAGGUUUUGUAUGAAUAGUGAUGUCUAGUUAGUAAGCCCUCAUUCGAUUAACAUUUCCAAGUUUUGUUCAUAUCUGGGAUGGGGGGGUGGGGAAGUACUUUAACCAAAGCAUUUCACCAAAAAUGCAUUAAUUUAGUCCUGGACUAAAAUCUUUUAAAUGUGAUUUCUAUUGAAAUGUACAUACAUAUUUACAUGUGUUCCUUUUGUUAAUGUUCUGCCUGCUGUAAAACUGCUUCAGCAUUGAUUUGUAAAUAUGUUCAAUAAAAUUUUAUU